AUGUUGCAUCCACCUGUUGGAGCAAAUUCAGAGGAGAGCACCAAGACAAUCAGAGGGAUAGAGCACCUCUCCUAUGAGGAAAGACUAAAAAUUGGGAUUGCUCACCUGGAGAGGAGAAGGCUUUGGGGUGACCUGAUUGUGACUUUCCAGUGCCAGGGAGUCCACAUGGAGAGACAAUUUGCAGAGACAUGGAAUGGAGGGAAUGGCUUCAAACUGACUGAAGCAUAUGUGAAUACUCAUGGCUAUAUGGGAAUAUUUAAAAUAGUGUCUGGCACAUCUUUUACUCCAACCUUACAAAACAGUUCAUCAGCUGAUUUCAAAGUCCUUGCCUUUGAUGUUGAAAAAUUGAUGCAAAAUAUCUUUCAAGAAAGUGAUUUGAAAUACGAAUUUGAGAGAUGUGAAAUUUCCGGGUUCAAGAAAUCUGAAGAUGACCGUGACAGAUUGACAUCAGAGACCAGUGUGGCUGUGAUCUUCACCCUUUAUUUGACCCACAUGGUAACAGUUGAGAAAGUCAAAAAUGAGCUGGUUUUGGGUAUCAUUGCAAAUAAUGCUAAUCCUACCAAGACUUUGAAAAUUGAUGCGAACAGCAUACAAAUCACAGUAGCUGCUGAAAAUCCUACUACACUGAUGCCUUUAACCUCAUCAGAUCCCACGAGUUUAAUUACAAGUUCCCUGACACCAACUUCAGGACUACUCACCACCAGCAAGUCCUCAACAACAGUGGCCGAGUGUUUGCCACCUGCUGAACUCUGUGCUGAUGGUGUAACCUGCAUUAGCAAAGAUGUCUUUUGUGAUGGAGUCUUGAACUGCCCAGAUGGUUCAGAUGAAUCCGAAAAAAGAUGUGCUUCUGUUUGUGAUGGAAAAUUCAUGUUGACUGGUUCCUCUGGGUUUUUUCACUCCAUGAAUUAUCCAAAGCCAUAUAAUGCAAACAUUUCUUGCCAAUGGAUAAUAGCAGUUCCCCAAGGGUUGUCCAUUAAACUGAACUUCACUUCUUUUGAAACACAACCAUAUACAGACAUAUUGGAUAUUUAUGAAGGAUUAGGACAAAACAAGGUUUUAAGAGCUUCUCUGUCAGGGACCAGUCUUGAAACAAUUUACAUUUUUUCUCAUGAGGCUACAGCACAGUUUAUGUCCGAUUAUUCAGAGAAUUUGAAUGGCUUUAAUGCAACGUACACUGCAUUUAAUGCCAGUAAACUGAACAAUUAUGAGAAAAUCAAUUGCACUUUUGAAGAUGGCUUUUGUUUCUGGAUACAAGAUUUAGAUGAUGAUUCAGAUUGGGCCAGAGUUCAGGGUCCUACCUUUCCCUUGAUGAGUGGUCCUGAAUUUGAUCAUACGUUUGGCAACUCAUCAGGAUUUUAUAUUUCAACACCCAUCGGAUUUGGAUUCAGAGAAGAGAGAGUCCGGAUUCUGAGUUUGCCUUUGGUCCCUUCAGAUACAUAUUGUCUAAGCUUUUGGUAUUUCAUGUAUGGUGAUAAUGUUUACCGUUUUAGAGUUCGCAUAAGUGAUGAGCAUGGUCAGGAAAAGACCAUUUUCGAGAAACAAGGAAACUAUGGAAACAACUGGAAUUAUGGACAAGUAACUUUAAAUGAAACAUCUGAUUUUAAGGUUAUCCUUGAUGCCUUUAAAAGGAGUGGUCCCAGUGAUAUUGCCGUGGAUGACAUUGGCUUGACGAAGGGAAAGUGUGAUGAAAACAAUUACGUAGAGCCAACUGCAAGGCCAACUGUUGCUACCACCCCUUUAGUUCCUACUGACUGUGGAGGGCCAGUUGAACUCUGGGAGCCAAACACUACAUUCAGCUCUGAAAACUUUCCAAGCAAUUACCCUAACUUAGCUCUUUGUGUGUGGUACUUGAAUGCUGAAAAUGGAAAAAACAUCCAACUUCAUUUUCAGAUUUUUGAUCUGCAAAGUAUUCAGGAUGUGGUUGAAGUCAGAGAUGGCAGAGGACCAGAUUCCUUACUUUUGGCUGUCUACACAGAGAAAGGCCCACUGCCAGAUGUCUUCUCUACAACAAACCAGAUGACAGUGAUCCUCCGGACGGACAAGUCUACAACGGGGAAGGGAUUUCUUGCAAACUUUACUACUGGCUACCACUUAAGGGCUUGCACAAUUGAUGAGCAUCAGUGUGGUAGUGGGAAAUGCAUCCCACUGCACAACCUGUGUGACAAAGUACCUCAGUGUGAAGAUGCCUCUGAUGAAGCAAAAUGCAUGAGAUUACUCAAUGGCUCUCUGAGCACCGAAGGGCUGGUACAGGCCAGGAUUGGGAAGAUGUGGCAUCUGGCAUGUGCAGAUGAUUGGAGUGGAGAGAUCUCACAAAGUGUUUGCCAGCUGUUGGGGUUGGGGGAUGCAAACAUGUCAUCACCUGUAUUAUUCACUGGAGAUGGCCCAUUUGUUACCAUCACCAAAGGAGGAGGUAACCACAGCCUAAAUUUUACAAAAAGAGAGCACUGUUUGGACAACCUGGUGAUUCAUCUGCAAUGUAACAUUCAAUCUUGUGGAAAACACCUGGUAACUCAGAAUAAUGGAACAAGAAUUGCAGGUGGAAGUGAUGCCAGAAGAGAGGCUUGGCCUUGGAUAGUUUCACUCCAUUUUAAUUUCCGACCAGUUUGUGGAGCUUCCCUCAUCAGUGAUGAGUGGCUGGUGACAGCAGCACACUGUGUAUAUGGGAGACAAUUAAAGCCAUCCCGCUGGCGAGCGGUUCUGGGCUUGUAUACUCAGUCAGAUCUGACACAGCCUCCAGCAGUGGUUGAAAGCAUCGACAGAAUAAUAAUAAAUCCUCAUUACAUGAAGCAAACAAAAGACAGUGAUAUUGCUCUCAUGCACCUUCAACACAAAGUGCAGUAUACAGAUUACAUACAACCUAUCUGCCAACCAGAAAAAAAUCAACAGUUUUUACCAGGGAUUAACUGCUCCAUUGCUGGCUGGGGAAAUACUAAGAAUGAAGGUUCCCCUUCAAAUAUAUUGCAAGAAGCAGAGGUCCCUCUCCUUUCCAAUGAAAAAUGCCAGCAAUGGUUGCCAAAAUAUAAUAUUACUGAGAAUAUGCUUUGUGCAGGAUAUGAGAUGGGAGGAAUAGACUCCUGCAAGGGGGAUUCAGGUGGCCCUCUGACAUUCAAAGAUGGGGACAAGUGGUUUUUGGUUGGUGUAAUUUCAUUUGGCGACGGGUGUGCAUUUCCCCAGCAACCAGGAGUGUAUGUUCGAGUCACCAGGUUUGUGGACUGGAUCAAAACCAUCAUCUAUUAGCUUGAUAUUUUUUAA